AUGCAGCUCAAUCUAGGGAUUACCGCUGAUGCUGCAGCCGUGCACCGACACGAAUACUCGGCCUCUCCAGAGACACAGCAAGGAGCUUCGUCUACUUUCUUCCCGUCUGCAAGAUCGAUUCUAUCUCUCGGGUUUGCCUCCCUAACGAAGCAGGGGGCUUCUGCCCCGUCUUCUACCUCGAAAUCCGAGAGCCAGGCACCCAUGGCCCAAAAUACCAACACUUACAGGAGCAUCGUACCAUCAGGAUCUGUGAUAUUCCAAGAGCCCACAGCCAUGGAAGAAACCGUCGCGCACACAGAAUCAGGCUCGGAUAGUCCAGAUGCAUGUGGGAUCGUAGAUGGCUCUGUCGACGGCGCAUCAAAGAAGCAUGCCCAUCGGUCUAAGACCAUACUACGUUUCGCACAUCCUCCGCCAACUACUCGACACAAAAGACUACGCAUUCGUCCCAGGCUACUAUUACAACUCCAACAAGUCUCAAACACUUCUCGUCCCAUCUCCGUCCUCGAUGUUGUUCCAUCUUCGCUCUUCAAAGGGCGUGCUCAACGAAAAAUAUCUGGUCCCUUUGCAGCACGGGAUCGAGUUUGCACAUCCGACCUAAUAGUACUACCAAGUGAUACAUACGGGCCAGCUGGAGCUGGUGAUGAGGAACAGCGCCCCGAGGGUGAUUCAGCAAACGAGAACCGUGAACCCAUUGCAACCAUAUCCCAAAUUCGCAAGGAUGAUUCAAAAUCGAAGCCAACCGCAGAAAUCUGCCUUGCCGAUGGCCUAUGCUGGAUAUCGGAAUCUCUACCUAAUGGUAGCUACGAGUUUACUGCUACGGAUGAACAUGGAAUUAAGAAAUGCGUGCGCUGGGUUGUUCGUGGCAAGAGAAAUCGCAGUACCUCGAUUCAAGGGGCCGGCCGACAGUCACCAGGCCCGGAGGGAGGGAAACGACUUACAUUCAGCAUUAUCGAUCCGCAGACUCGUCGUCAUCCGAUUAUAGGCUGGCUGUGUCGGACUGGAAUUGAAGUACUUGACCAGGAGUCACUUUCAUCUGUUUAUGCCGACCGCAAAACGAACCAACGCCCGGAGUCCGCUCCAGCCGAAACCGCGACGAGACAGAGCCCGGUUGUAAUCGACGAUAAGAUCCGACAGCUUAUCACGAUUACUGGGAUCUGGGUAGCGUUUCAGGAAGGCUGGGUUGGGAACCCACUUGUUACAAGUAAUAUUGAAUCUUCUUCCAGCAACGGCCUGAGCGUCAGUCAGCUCCCACCAUCCUCAGUCGUAGCCGCAGAGCGCCCUCCAAACGCUGGCGUUGGAGAAACACAACCGGAUGAACUCCCUACUCGCAGCAAUAGUAACCGCACUAAUACCCGAACAUCAUUAACAUCUCGCAUCCGCCAGAAGGGCCGACGUGCAACAGCUCCCCAUACUCGAUCAUCUUCCAUACAGAAACAGUCCCCUCGCCGAAGCUGUUCUGACGAUGGCGUCAGUAAAGGCAGCGGUCCCUCUACACCAACACAUACAAGGUCAUGCAGCAUGCUUUGCUCCGCAAACCAGGAAUCUUCUCCUCAAAGCCACCCCCACCGACCCGUUCAAACAAUCCAUGAUCUGACCGACCUUGAAACACCCGACGAGAUGAAUGAUCCUCUUCAUUACAGCAAUCUUCACUCCUCACAAGGUCAGACACCCAAACAUAACAGCAGGCAAUCCAGCCCUGUCCGCGGCGCCACUUCUCCCGGACGAGACCGGGCUUCAACUCCAGACCAGUCCACUACUUCCUCCGCUGGAAGUCGGGAAAAGAAGGGAUGGCGGAAGCUAGGCACGUUACUUGGUGCCGUCAGGGCAAAGAAGACCCCGAAGGCAAGGUAG